GGGCACGCGUGAGCAGAGGUCGAAACACUGGGCGGAGCUGGACAGUCUGAGAGUGGCUGACCUGUCCGCAGUGUGCUUACUCAUCUACUACUCACCUACUCUGGCAAGUUCGCCUUCCCACCUACACUGACAUAAUAGACCCGCCCCUUCUCCCCCGUCCAGGGAGAGUGGAACUAUGGAGCGGAGCGGGAGGACUCAAAAAAGGUACGUCCAUUGGCCGCCGAGGGCGGUAAGGGGCUGAGACAGAGGAGGAAGCACCGAGGGAAUUUAGGGAUUGGCUGAGCUAGAGCGGGAGCCAUGGCCAUUGGCUACCUAUGCAAAGUGGGAGGGUGCAGAGAGAAUGAGAAGGGGCCUGAGAGCGGACUUUGCAACAUGACCCGAGCUUCUUGAUUGGUUUAGAAGGUUAGGGGCGGGACCUCAGAUAGCCCGAGACUAAGCGCAGUUAUACAUUGGUCACGAGGCUGUAAGAGGGAAAACAUUUUUUAAAAAAUGCGUACUGAUCAUGGUGACCGGAUGAGGCGGUGCUUCAGGAGCUGGAACUGCAGCUCAGGAUUCCCAUUGGUUCCUCAUGGCAAAGGCGAGGACAUGCUUGUUGAAAUGAGCUCAGCUGAGCCCUUCAGAGGAGAGAAAAAAGAAGCCUCUCUCUACAUCACAAGCAGUAGAGACAUCCUUUCCCUGAAGUGAAUAGACCCUUCCCCCUUCAAAGCCCCUUCUGGUUAGUAGUACUCUUUAAAAGUGGCCAAACACCUUUCCUUCCCUUUAUUAUUCAUUCUCAGUUCACUUGCAAUCAUCAUUUCAAGGGUUAAGAAAAUGAGAUCCCUUGGAAAAUUACAGUACAGAGAGUCCCGUGAGGAGGCCAUGGAGCCUAGAAGAUAAAGACUGUGGCUCUGGCCUUGCACAUACCUGAAAAAGAACUAAACCAUAAACAAACAAACAAACAUAAAUAAAUGAAUCCAUGAAUAAAUAAAUAAAUAAACAAAAACUAAGAAAGUGUUAAUUUGAGAAAUACUGCCAUGAUUCAAAGAGAGAUAGGAAACUCUAGGAGAAUAAGACAAGAUAAAAAGAAUAUAAUAUAUUCAGACAUUAUGUCACACACAGGUGUUGGGUAACUUAAGGCACCACUGUAUUAAUUUCCUAUAUGCUGAAUUCAUGUGUACACCUAUUGGACACUGUUACUAAGAGAACACUCAAACAAUGCUCCCUGACCUCUCCCCAUUUCCCCCCACUUCCCUGCUGUUUUCUCCAAAUAAGCCACAAUCUCCAAUAUCUUAUCAAGUCUCCUGCCUGCUCAUUAGAGUAAUUUCUAGGGGUACAAGCUCCACCCCCCCCCAAUUCCACACCACACAUUGUCUACAAUGGACAUUUGAUCUGUUCCCUACUCAUCAGAUUUAUUUAUUUAUUUGUUUGUUUGGCUUUUUUUUCCUUAACAUUUUUUAUUUGGUCAAUUUCAAACAUUAUUCCCAGGUUACAAACAUCAUUUUAUAUUCCUCCCUCCCUCCCCCUCCCCCUCCCAUAGCCGGCAUGCAAUUCUACUAGUUAUUACUUGUGUCCUUGAUCAGAACCCAUUUCCAUGUUGUUGUUUGCACUAGGAUGUUCAUUUAGAGUCUACAUCCCCAACCAUAUCCCUUUGACCCAUGUAAUCAAGUGAUUGUUUUUCUGUGUUUCUACUCCCACAGUUUUUCCUCUGAAUGUGGAUAGUGUUGUUCCUCAUAUAUCCCUCUGGGUUGUUCAGGAUCACUGCAUUGCCACUAAUGGAGAAGUCCAUUAUGUUUGAUUGAACCACAAUGUAUCCGUCUCUGUGUACAAUAUUCUGGUUCUGCUCCUUUCGCUCUGCAUCACUUCCUGGAGGUCCUUCCAGUCUCCAUUGAAUUCCUCCACUUUAUUAUUCCUUUGAGCACAAUAGUAUUCCAUCACCAACAGAUACCAAAAUGUGUUCAGACAUUCCCCAAUUGAAGGACAUCCUCUCAUUUUCCAUUUUUUUGCCACCACAAAGAGCGCUGCUAUGAAUAUUCUUAUACAAGCCUUUUUCCAUAAGAUCUCUUUGGGGUACAAACCCGCAGUGCUAUGGCUGGAUCAAAGGGCAGACAGUCUUUUAUCGCCCUUUGGGCAUAGUUCCAGAUUGCCCUCCAGAAUGGUUGUAUCAAUUCACAACUCCACCAGUAAUGCAUUAGUGUCCCAACUUUGCCACAUCCCCUCCAGCAUUUAUUACUUUCCUUUGCUGUCAUGUUAGCCAAUCUGCUAGGUGUGAGGUGAUACCUCAGAGUUGUUUUGAUUUGCAUCUCUCUGAUUAUAGGAGAUUUAGAGCAUUUUUCAUAUGCUUAUUAAUGGUUUUGAUUUCUUUGACUGAAAAUUGCCUAUUCAUGGCCCUUGCCCAUUUAUCAAUUGGAGAAUGGCUUGAAUUUUUGUACAAUUGAUUUAGCUCUUUGUAAAUUUGAGUGAUUAGACCUUUGUCAGAGGUUUUUGUUAUGAUAAUUGUUUCCCAGUUUGUUAUUUCCCUUCUGAUUUUGGUUGCAUUGGUUUUGUUUGUACAAAAACUUUAAUUUGAUGCAGUCAAAAUUAUUUAUUUUAUAUUUUGUGACUCUUUCUAAGUCUUGCUUGGUUUUAAAAUCUUUCCCUUCCCAAAGGUCUGACAUGUAUACUAUUCUGUGUUCACCUAAUUUACUUAUAGUUUCCUUCUUUAUGUUCAAGUCUUUCACCCAUUCUGAGUUUAUCUUGGUGUAGGGUGUGAGAUGUUGAUCCAAGCCUAAUCUCUCCCACACUGUCUUCCAGUUUUCCCAGCAGUUUUUGUCAAAUAGUGGAUUUUUGUUCCAAAAGCUGGGAUCUUUGGGCUUGUCAUAGACUGUCUUGCUGAGGUCACUUACCCCAAGUCUAUUCCACUGAUCCUCCUUUCUGUCUCUUAGCUAGUACCAAAUUGUAUUAAUGACCACUGCUUUAUAAUAUAGUCUGAGAUCUGGGACUGCAAGGCCCCCUUCCUUUAUUAUUUUUUUUCAUUAUUUCCCUGAAUAUCCUUGAUCUUUUGUUCUUCCAAAUGAACUUUGUUAUGGUUUUUUCUAAUUCAGUAAAAAUGUUUUUUGGAAGUUCAAUGGGUAUGGCACUAAAUAAAUAGAUAAGUUUGGGUAGGAUGGUCAUUUUUAUUAUGUUAGUUCAUCCUACCCAUGAGCAGUUGAUGUUUUUCCAAUUGCUCAGAUCUAGUUUUAGUUGUGUGGAAAGUGUUUUGUAGUUGUGUUCAUAUAGUUCCUGUGUUUGUCUCAACAGGUAGAUUCCUAAGUAUUUUAUAUUGUCUAAGGUGAUUUUGAAUGGAAUUUCUCUUUCUAAUUCUUGCUGCUGAGAUGAGUUGGAGAUAUAUAGACAUGCUGAUGACUUAUGUGGGUUUAUUUUGUAUCCUGAAACUUUGCUAAAGUUGUUGAUUAUUUUCACUAGCUUUUUAGUUGAUUCUCUAGGAUUCUUUAAGUAGACCAUCAUAUCAUCUGUAAAGAGUGAUAGCUUGGUCUCUUCAUUGCCAAUUUUAAUACCUUCAAUUUCUUUUUAUUCUCUAAUUGCUACUGCUAGUGUUUCUAGUACAAUGUUUAAAUAAUAGAGGUGAUAAUGGGCAUCCUUGUUUCACUCCUGAUCUUAUUGGGAAAGCUUCUAGUUUGUCCCCAUUGCAGAUGAUGUUGGCUGAUGGUUUUAGAUAAACAUUGUUUAUUAUUUUUAGGAAAGACCCUUCUAUUGCUAUACUUUCUAGUGUUUUCAACAGGAAUGUGUGUUGUAUUUUCUCAAAAGCUUUUUCUGCGUCUAUUGAGAUAAUCAUGUGAUUGUUGUUGGUUUGCUUGUUGAUAUGGUCAAUUAUGUGGAUGGUCUUUUCCUAAUAUUGAGCCAUCCUUGUAUUCCUGGUAUAAAUCCCACCUGAUCAUAGUGAAUAACUCUCCUGAUCACUUGCUGAAGUCUUUUUGCUAGUAUUCUAUUUAAGAUUUUUUUAUCUAUGUUCAUUAAGGAGAUUGGUCUAUAGUUUUUUUCCUCCAGUUUUGACCUGCUUGGCUUUGGAAUCCGUACCAUAUUUGUGUCAUAAAAGGAAUUUGGCAGUACCCCCUCUUUGCUUAUUAUAUCAAAUAGUUUGUAUAGUACUGGGAUUAGCUAUUCUUUGAAUGUUUGAUAGAAUUCACUUGUGAAUCCAUCAGGCCCUGGGGAUUUUUUUCUUAGGGAGUUCAUUGAUGGCCUGUUCAAUUUCUUUUUCUGAUAUGGGAUUAUUUAAGAAUUCUAUUUCUUCUUCUGUUAAUCUAGGCAAUUUAUAUUUUUGUAAAUAUUCAUCCAUAUCACCUAGAUUGGCAUAUUUUUUUGCCAUAUAAUUGGACAAAAUAGUUUUUAAUGAUUGCCUUAAUUUCCUCUUCAUUGGAGGUGAGUUCUCCCUUUUAAUCUAUGAUACUGUUAAUUUGAUUUUCUUCUUUCCUUUUUUUAUUAGAUUGACCAGUACUUUGUCUAUUAUGUUUGUUUUUUCAAAAUACCAGCUUCUAGUCUUAUUUAUUAGUUCAAUAGUUCAAUCGCUUUCAAUUUUAUUAAUUUUUCCCUUAAUUUUUAGGAUUUCUAAUUUGGUUUUCUUCUGGGGGUUUUUAAUUUGUUUGCUUUCAAGUUUUUGACUCACAUGUCCAAUUCAUUGACCUCUGCCCUCCCUAGUUUGUUAAUAUAUGAACUCAAGGAUAUAAAUUUUCCCCUGAGUACUGCUUUGGCUGCAUCCCAUAGAGUCUGAAAGGAUGUCUCAUCAUUGUCAUUUUCUUCAAUGAAAUUCUUAAUUGUUUCUAUGAUUUGUUCUCUAACUAACCAAUUUUGGAGAAUCAUAUUUAAUUUCCAAUUAAUUUUUGAUUUGGCUCUCCAUGUACCCUUACUGAUCAUUCUUUUUAUUGCCUGCUUUUUGUGGCUUCUAGCUGUUUCUCCAAUUGGGAGUUCUUGUCCUUUAGAUUGUUUUUUUCUCUUUGAACUAUUUCCCACUUCUCUUGCCAGAAGGCUUCCAUCUUUUUGAUAACCUCCACUUUAAAUUCUUCCAGAGCUUAUGGGAAAUUUCCAUUUUUUAGAAGGUUUUGUCUUUGUUUGAAUUUCCUCCUGUAUUUCCUCUGUAGCCUGGGUUUUUCCUCCAUAAACAUUUUCGAGGGUCACUGCCUUUUUAUUUUUUUUCUUGGAGGGUGUUUGUUGGUCCUGUGCACUAUUUGCCAUCACUGUGGAGGUUUUUCCUUCCCUUUUUCAGUCAGAAAUAUGAGUGAGCUGGGCAGGUUCUCUGUGUGUGGAGUUAAGGAGCAAGGAUUUUGCCUGAGGCAAGCUUUCGAAUCUCCACAGCUGUUUGCAGCUCUUCUUUGCACUGCCUUCCCAGGGGCGCCCACGGUCUGCGCUCCCCCGCCCGCCGGGGGUUUCAGGUGUAGCUGUUCUCAGGGGUAAGUCUUUGGUGGCCUUAGUUAGUUUCCAAGGACCUAGAGGUGCCCCUCGCUCACUUGCUGAUUCUGGAAUGUGCUGUCUGUGACUCUGGUUCUGUAGGUGGGGUGGGGGAGGGUAGAUCAGCUCACAUUUGGGUGGGAGCUUUUUCAGCCAAGAGGCUGAAAUAGUAUGGAAAUGCCCAAAUCCCAUGUACCUUCAGUGUUGUGCCCUACUGUAGAGUUCCUCUGUUCUUCUGAAAAUGGGUUUUAUGGUCUUUUGAGGUAGUCUAUGUCAAUGGGUGCUGGGGAGAGGAAGUGUCCUGUGUCUAGACUGCCUCCAUGCUUACCCGGAAGUCCUACUCAUCAGAUUUUGAUGAUGGGGGUCAGACAGGGAAUUGAUAUUGUUCCAUCAAGGUGCCAUUGUGAAGAACCAAAACAAAGGAGAGCCACAGACAGACCCAGGAGAGGUGAAUAAAGACAUUUAUGCCUCCUUUUAGAUAAACCACAACGUAAGGUUCUGAAAAAUCUGGGUUCUCCCUGGAACUUCCCUAAAUAUCUUUGCUCUGCAGAGUUAAACAUGGAAGAUGUGCCCAGUGAUCUAGAAUGUGGUGGUCAACUGAGCCACAAGGUUGGACAGCUUGCCCCACAGACACAGAAUGGAAAAAUGCUUUUAUACUCUACCAGCCCAUUAAUAUUUAUGAUUUGAUCUUGUUCUUUCUGUUACAAACUUUAGAGAAGAAUGGGCAGGCUGGUAUGAAUUUGGAAUUGCAAGAUAUGGAUAUGACUAUUUUGGUAAAUUUCCGAUUACCUCAGUAACGUGAGGAAGCCUAAGCAGCAAAAUGACAGAAUUAGAGAAUAUUUGGCCUACUGCUUUUCCGGGAAAUCUCUGGGUAUCAACUGCUGAGAAUUUGAAAUGAGUCAUUGAGAUAGAAACAGGAUAUAGUGACACUAAUGCCUGGUGGGAAAGGGUCAGAUAUACUACUAGCAACUUGGGGAAAUCAGAUUGUUACAUCUGCACAAGUGGAUAGCCUAGAGCUCACAUUGCUCCAUUUCCAAUGGGCUAGAUAAAUGUGAGACCAAAUUCUAGUGUAUGGCUAAUUUCUUUAGGGAGCGGACCUUAGAGCAUUUCAGCACACUGUUAUUCCUAUACCCUCCUGUGACUUUGGGAACUAAGAGAAUAUUUUCAGAGAGGUGGGUCACUGGGAACAUACAGCAUGUAUCUCAUGACUCGAAGGAUGUGUCUCUGGUCCCCGACAGCUGGGGUGUUCACAUAUAUGGAAUUUGACUGAUAAGCCUGAUUUUGCUAACCUGAGUGUACCAAGGGCAGAUCUCUGGUGGUGCUGUGGAGAACCCAUGCUGAGGAAGGUCUUGGUAAAUUGGAUUGGUACUCAUGCUCUAGUGAAAUUGGCCAUUCCCUUUGCUACAGUAUAUCUGAAUCAUACCCAGGAAGAAGGUAAGAAAAGGCAGAAAUGAGAUGCCCCUCAGGGCUUGAUUGAUCCUUCAGUGUACUUGGAUAUUAUUGGGGUACCCAGGGGAGGCCCUGAUAAAUUCAAGGCUGGAAAUGAGAUAGCUGCUGAUGUGGAAUAAAUAAAUGAGAAUAUGAACUGAAUUAAUUACAUUUACUACAACCAACAGAGAUUUAUAAAUUAUACUAAGAAUACAAUUAUAGGUUUAGCUCAGCAACUGGAUACAAGCAGUUAGAUGACAUGGGAAAACAGAGUUGCUUUGGUCAUGUCCCUGGCACAGAAAGGGGGAGUUUGUGUUGUGAUAAGAGGAUCUUGCUGUACCUAUAUACCUAAUAAUACAUCCCCAGAUGGAUCUGUCACAAGGGCACUUAGAGAGUUGAGUGCUGUCUCAGAUGAACUGAAGUGAAACCCAGGGGCUAAUACUGCCCUGUGGAAUGAGUGCCAGAACUCAAUGUUCAACAGGAAGUGUAAAUUUUAGGGUUGUGACUUAAUCUAAAUCUAAUUGGUCGCCAAAGAAGUUCCCAAAUAAAAUACCCAAGUCAGUUUGGAAAUUUUAUGGUGGUCUAAUUAAUAUAGAGGGAAAGAAUUAAGAAGAAGAGAGAGGGAAAGGAUAUAGGAUUUCUCUGGCCUAGCCUGUGCCAGGGCUCUUUUCAGGAGAUUAGAGGCUUCCUAAGAGGAUAGUGUUUUGGAAGGUAAAGGAGAAAGGAAUCAGCCUAAAUUCCGAGAGAGCUCGGAGAAGAUACCUCACUUGAACUAGGUUACUAAGCUUCCCCCAGUAGUGUAUCAAAGACUCUCACCACCAAACCCGGACAAUAGCUUCCGCCGUGCCAAGAUGCCAAGACGCUCAGCAUGCUGCCGCCAGCCACCUCUCCGCACAAAGAGGACAUAGCUCCAUCCACAAUUGUUAUUGUUGGUGUUCUUUUACUUAUUCCUUAUUUGAUUCCCUGUUUUAUUAUUCUGAUUCAGAGAACUGUAGAGAAUAUGCAUGUUGUGGUUCAAAAACCACAUUGCAACCAGGAGCUUCCCAAAAUGAUGAUUUUGAGAAAGCAGAAAUUCUAACUUGAAAGUGGUAGCUUGGACAAAGGGGGAGCUGAAUCUAUUUUGUGCUUUACCCCUUUGAUGAAGAGGGGGAAUAAGGCAACUUUGAAGUGAAAAUUGGUAGGAUUAUGUGGAUUAAAAUCACAGUAUAUAUUAGUUAGUAUUCGUAAUCAUAGACUGGCAACUUCCUAUAGAAAAUUAGUGAAAGUUAGGUGUUCUUCAGAGGGGGAUACCAAUCUCUCCUUAUGAAGAGCAAUGAAAUCCCCCUCCCCAAGCAGCUUUAUACAUAUAUAGAAACAUAAAUAUACACUUUUCAUUCACUCUUUUUUAAUGUGGCCCAAAUCCCCCUUUCUCCCCUUUUUCUUAUUAUGGAUUCCAAAUAGCUCUAAUAGUCAGUAUUCAAAAGCUUAAGAGGUUAACAACUGAAUAGUGAUGGAAAACUCCCAUGGGAAAAGUCCUAAAACUUAACUGCUACAAUCUUGACUCCCUGUCCCAAAUGUUUCAGUCCAAAAGGCUUUGGCCAUGUCUAAAAGUCUGAGGAGGAAUGCUCCCAUGAGUUUCAGAAAGCUGGGAAACCUAAGGUGGGCAGGGCAAGAUCAAGAAAAUACAGCACACACAGACAUUGUGCUACACAUAGGUGGUGGGCCUCUGAAGAGAAUCUCGCAUUGUGUUACAAAAUCUGACUUUAUUUGUAUAUCUUUGGACAUUGCUAUUGAGUUGAACACCCAGAGCUGUACCCCCAUCCUCUCCCCUUCCUUAUAAAGGCUGCAUUUUUCUCUGCCAGCAGCUUAUCCAAUUUCUUGUCUACUCAUUAGAGUAACUUUGGGGUGCAGACCCCGAGAUUCCACUCCAAACAUUACUAAUCAAUAUUCCAAUAUAAUAUAGAAAGGCAUGACCCUGGGCAAAUGAUGUCACCAUCUGACCUCAGUUUCCCCAUCUGUAAAAAGACAGCCUUUCAGCUCUAGAGCAAAUUUAAGUUGCUUCCCUUCCCCAUCCUCAGGGUCCCCAUUUGUAAAAUGAGGGCAGUGAACUCGAUGAUGGUCUGGGAGGUCCACACCUAAUGCAAUAGUCUCUCCCCUUCCCCCAUGAUUGCUGGAGUCUUACCAUUGAGGGGAUGGGCUGGACUUGAGCAGGGCCAAUAGAUAGGAUCAGCUAAGGAGGUUGGGGGAGGGGAGACAGCUCCAAGAGUCUUGCCCCCCCACUAGAAAUGGAGUGGGGCACAAUGUGAGGAUGGUCAUUGGCUAAGGAAAAUAUCACUCCAUGAAGGAGAGAGAUUGAGGAUGAUGGUCAUUGGCUCAAAGAACUGGAGAAGGUGAGGUUAGAAAACAUGGGCAGGCUUGAGGGGAAGUGUGGAAUAUGAUUGGCUACGGAGGUGCCAGUCAGGGCUUUAUGUGGAGAGCAUAUUUUUUGGCUGUCCAGAAGGAUGGUGUAAAAUAGAAGACAGGCAACAGGACUACUUAUUGGCUAAGGGAGUGCAGAUGAUGAUUGGUUAAGGCAGGGGAUUGAAGUUUAGAUGGUGAUUGGUUAAGAAGGAGAACGUGUAAGGGAUGGUGAUUGGCUAUGGUGAAGCCCCAUGUGAGGGUGGCGAUUGGUUAAGAGAGAGGGAAGCGGGAAACUAAACCUGACAACCAUUGGUCGAAAACUAAGAUAGGUGGGUCUUGUGGGCAGAGGAUAGACAUGAUUGGCGAGGCAGGGUGGGACUUCCAGGAGGAGCCCGGCUCAUUUCCCACCCGUAUCUCGCUCUGCUCAGCCGCACUCCUUCGAGGUCUGAGACUGCCCAGCCCUCUCACCACCGGCCAACGGUCUCUGGACAUCCCGCAGCCAUGUCACCGUCAUCGACCCCCCGAGGUCCGUGGACUGCGGUGUCGUCAUCGCCAUUCCUGACAUGGCAGAGGAGCCGGCGGCCAAGGGGGGAUCGGGAUAGUCCCGAGUACGGCUCGGCCAAGUACCUGGCACUGUGCGGCUUGAGCGGUGGGAUGAGCACCGGUCUCUCACAUACUAUGGUCUUGCCGCUGGACCUGAUCAAAUGCCGCCUGCAGGUGGCGCCGACCAAAUACCCGGGGCUGGUAUCUGGCUUCAGCCUGGUGUCUCUCCAGGAAGGCAUGCGUGGGAUGACGCGUGGCUGGGCACCCACACUGCUGGGCUUCUCCAUGCAGGGUUUUGUCAAAUUCAGCCUGUAUGAAAUGUUUAAACACCGCUUGUCCCGCCGUCUAAGCGAGGAGGGAUUCUAUGUGUGGCGCACCGCUGUGUACAUGCUAGCCGCGACUGGCGCUGGAUUUUUCGCCAGCUUAGUGCUCCUGCCCAUGGAUAUCGUGAAGAUGCGCAUGCAGACGCAGCCGAACUUCCCCGGCAUGCUGCGCCAGGCGAUGCCCAAGGUGUGGUCUCAGGAGGGUCCGAUGGCCUUCUACCGGGGCCUGGGCCCGCUCUGGAUGCGCCAGAUGCCCUACACCGUAGUCAAGUUCGCGUGCUACGAGCGCACCUUGGAGAUGCUCUACAAGUAUGCCGUGGCCAAGCCCCAGUGCCAGUGCAGCCUGCCCCAGCAGCUGGCCGUCACCUUUGUGGCAGGCUACGUUUCUGGCAUCCUAGGUGCCAUUGUCUCACACCCAGCUGACACUGCCAUGACCAUACUCAGCAAGGAGAACUACAAGAAAAAUAUGUUCGACAUUCUGCAGCAGCUCGGGCCCACCAGCGUGUGGAAUGGGCUCUCAACGCGCAUCCUCAUGAUCGGCACGCUUUCAGCGUUCCAGUGGUUCUUCUACAACGUAUUCAAGGUCAUGUAUCGGCUGCCACGGCCCCCGCCCCCACAGAUGCCGGAGUCCCUGCGCUGGAGGCUGGAGCAGCAGCGGCUGCGCUCCCGCCGCUAGCGCCUCUGGGAGAAAGCAUCGUUGAAUUUCUGUAGGGCUAAUACUUGGCUAACUUAAA